GUUUUUAGUGCUGUAAAUGGAAAAGGUAAUGAAUGUUUUAUGACUACAGGCAUUUUGAUUAGUAUACACACCAAGAGGAAAACAAAGUUUUCAAGUAAAAAUACUAGAUAGCUACUGCAAGAAAAUAAGUGCUGGAGAAGAACCAAGCCAUGAUGAUUGAAGCAGUAGAAAAGGAAGAGAUUGAAAGAGAAGGGAUGGAGUUAGAGCCACAAGAUGAAUCAGAAGGUUCAAGGACAUGGACAAAGCAGGUCACAGUAAGGGGAAUCAUAGUGAGUAUUCUUAUUGGAGCCAUCUACAGCAUCAUUGCCAUGAAGCUAAACCUCACAACUGGGAUGAUUCCAAAUUUCAAUGUCUCUGCUGCUCUUCUUGCUUUUGUGUUUGUUCAAACCUGGACAAAAGUUCUUCAAAAGGCAGGAUUUGUCGUCAGACCCUUCACUCGGCAAGAAAAUACAAUGAUACAAACUUGCGCAGUUGCAUGUUAUAGUAUUGCCAUUGGAGGUGGACUUUCUUCUUAUCUGUUGGGAUUAGACAGGAACACAUACGAGUUGUCAGGGGGGUUGAAAACUGAAGGAAAUUCUUCUAGUGGUUUAAAGGAACCUGAAUUUGGCUGGAUGGUUGGAUACCUUUUCCUAGUUUGCUUUGUUGGUCUUUUUGUGUUAAUUCCACUUAGAAAGAUCCUGAUAGUAGACAUGAAGUUAACUUAUCCAAGUGGCUUGGCAACGGCAGUUCUCAUCAAUGGUUUCCAUAACCGAGGAGAUAAGAUGGCAAAGAAACAAGUUCAAGGGUUCAUGAAGUACUUUUCAAUCAGCUUCUUAUGGGCAUUUUUCCAGUGGUUUUUUACGGGGAAAGAUGGAUAUUGUGGAUUCGCACAUUUCCCUACUUUUGGAAUGGAAGCAUGGAAGCAUACAUUUUUCUUUGAUUUUAGCACCACUUUGGUUGGAGCUGGAAUGAUCGUUCCCUAUCUUGUAAACGUGUCCUUACUUCUUGGAGCUGUGCUCUCAUAUGGGAUUAUGUGGCCACUAAUACGUCAACUUAAGGGAGAAUGGUAUCCAGCUUCUAUAGAUGAAUCCAGCAUGAAGAGCUUAAAUGGUUACAAGGUUUUCUUAGCAGUUGCUCUCAUCCUAGGAGAUGGGCUCUACUUUUUUGUUAAGAUAAUGGGUAUUACAAUCAGCAAUGUUCGUCGCAGAUUAAAGAACAAGAAUAUCAGUCCCGUUCAUUACCAGAAGAAGCUCUUUGAUGAACAAAAACAAAAUAAAUUCUUCCUCGGAGAGACCAUACCUUCAUGGCUAGGCAUCAUUGGAUAUGUAAUCUUCUCUGUUAUCUCCAUAAUUGCGGUGCCAAUCAUAUUCCCCCAGCUUAAGUGGUACUAUGUUGUCAUGUCGUAUGUUCUUGCUCCAUCCUUAGCAUUUUGCAAUGCUUACGGAGCUGGCCUUACCGAUAUAAACAUGGCGUAUAAUUACGGGAAAGCUGCCCUCUUUGUGCUAGCUGCAAUAUCCGGGAGAGAAAAUGGAGUGGUGGCAGCACUUGUCGGAGGCGGCCUUGUCAAAUCUGUUAUUUCUGUUUCUUGCAUCCUGAUUCAGGAUUUCAAAACAGCACAUUUGACUUUCACCUCCCCAAGAGCAAUGUUUUUGAACCAAGUUAUUGGCACCGCAAUCGGCUGCGUGGUGGCUCCUGGUAGCUUCUUCCUGUUCUACAAGGCAUUUGAUGUUGGAAAUCCUUCCGGAGACUUUAAGGCUCCUCAUGCCUUAAUUUUCAGGAACAUGGCAAUCAUAGGUGUUGAGGGUUUCUCAGCUCUGCCCCAAUAUUGCUUGCAGCUCUGCUAUGGCUUCUUUGCUUUUGCAAUCGCAGUUAACCUAGUGAGAGAUUUUUCGCCGCGGAAGAUCGGACAAUGGGUGCCUCUUCCAUUGGUCAUGGCCGUGCCAUUUGUCAUUGGAGCUUCCUUUGCCAUUGAUAUGUGUGUUGGAAGUUUGAUCGUUUUCGUAUGGCAUAAACGAAACACCAGCAAGGCCGAGUUCAUGAUCCCUGCUGUUGCCUCAGGAUUAAUCUGUGGAGAAGGGCUGUGGACUCUUCCAGCUGCUAUCCUUGCUUUGGCCAAGAUAAAGCCGCCCAUCUGCAUGAACUUCGUGGCUUCCUAGAAAAACUUCCUCGACACAAAGAUUCAAGAACAGCAACAGAGAGUUAAAUAUGUAAUUUAAUUUG